UUGUGAUAAGGAAGGAAGAGGAGGAGCUGUGUCAGGGUGAGACUGAAGUGUUGAGUCCUUGUUCGAACUCUUUGACCAACCUGCAGCAGCCUGAACUCUCUCUCCUGAUGUUUGUCUGAGUGUAAAUAUGAAAACCAGCAUCGAUUCUUCUCAUCCUCCAUUGCCUCGACCAGCUGCCACCUGUUCAUAUGAACCUAAAACACUGGACUAAACCACAGCUGUUUGGAUUGGACUUCUUCUGUUGUCUCAUUGUACCUGGAAAUCUGCACCUUCAUACGGUCCUUAAUAUCGCCUCCUAACUUUUCAAAAACCCAGCGAAGCUCAUAUGUCCGAGGCCACGUGAAGUGCUCGUAUCUGUGUGACCGGGAAGUGUGUGGGAGGAUAUGUCUCACAGCAGCGACGAUGUUCUUCUCUUAUUUUGGACGUUAAAACUCACCUCAUCCCAGAUCACAGAGAGAUGGUGUCUUCAUACCCUGAAACCUGCCGACCUGCUGUUUGAGAUGACUUCUAGAAGAAAUCAUUACACAGCUGCAUCUUUGUUGAUACUUAUGAUCAGAGUCUUCAGAGGAAAUACCCUGACAUGUCAUCCAGCAGAGUAUCAGACAGGAAAUGAAUGCUGUCCUAUGUGUCCACCUGGAAGUAGAGUUAAAACAGAUUGCACAGAGUUCAGGAGUACCUCCUGUCUGCCCUGCAUAGAAGGAACAUUUGUGAAUCAACCCACUGGACUUAAACAGUGUUUUCCCUGCUCAAACUGUGAUCCAGGUUCUGGUCUGAGGAUAAAGAGUUCAUGUACAACAAUAUUAGAUGCAGUUUGUGAAGCACAGGAAGGAUUCUACUGUACUGACUUGACAAAGAACAGCUGUGUGGCAGCAGAGAAACACACAAGAUGUCAACCAGGACAAUACAUCAGUCAAACAGGCUUCUCUCUGGAGACUUGGUUUCUUAUUCCACACAGCCAGGCCAACCUCAGGCUGUAGCUUACUGCUGUGGCUUGGUAAAUCUCACCCAUAGUGCCGAUGGUUAGUCAGCGCUGAAAUGAGCUGAACAGACGCUCAAAUUCAGACAAAUGCUCCAGCUGGAUUUUGUGUGGAACCAUUGGACCCUCUGGGCAGACCAACACAGUGCCAGUGAUAAUGUUCAAAGUAGUGGUAAAAAGAUUAAAAACUGAAAACGUAGUUGGAGAGGCCGAACAAAAAACUAGUAAGUAAAAAUAUGGCCGAUUUAUAGCAGAAACACUUGGAGAAACCAAAUCCUGAGGGUGGUGACUGUUUUGUCGUUUUCAAAAAAGACAUGCCUGACCUUCUCUGUUUGUUUGAGGCCAUUGAAAAUGCUGGUAGCAGCUGUGAAACAUUGGAUUUUAUUCUCUGUGCCACAAUCUACCAAUCUGCCAAGACACAGCUACACCAGACUCAUGCUUCUUGAUGCGGAUGGUCUGGUAGCUGUUGGUGUCCCCUGCUCACUGAUAUCUGCCUGCUGCCGCCCAAACCACUGAUCAGAUAGGACAUGGUGCCAAAACGUAUUUGCAUGAAGCAC